AUGGGUUUUGAAGGUAUCAUCAGAUGUUUAGAGAUGUUAAACCUGUCACCGUCAGGCUAUCGGGAAAUUGAUGACAGCGAACGGACGGUCAACAGGAAGAAGGUCUACUCGCGCAGGCCUUGGUAUGCCCCAGCAAUAGAUCCGGCCGAGAUAUUGAGGCAAAGAUAUAGCACGCAAGAUUACGUUGCAGAGUACAACCCAGAAGGCGAAGAAAGACGGGUGAAACAAAGCGAAGAGUACUAUGACAGGGAUCAUGAUUACGAGGAACCAGUGACGUCACAGCAAUUGGAAGGGCUUGGACUCGGACCUGUGGACAGCUCACCCCCAAACCCUUACUACGAACAGGCACCCACCACGAAUUCAGUGUCCGAGUUCUCUCUUGCUAAUGCUGUGAAUUUGAGAGAGGCAGUGCUAGUAGCAUCAGGUGGCGCGAGCGCAGCUCUUUUGUUGCUAAUCAUAAUGGCGGGUGUAUUCAUGGCGCGUCGACGCAAGAAUAGCCCAUCCCCUGUGCCGUCACCACCGAUACUGGUCUACCCUCCGCAUGACAUCUCUGCACCAUGCUACAUGUAA